CCGGGAGGGAGAGAGAGAGAAUGCUAGAACCCCCCCUCUCCUCUCCCAUCUCUUCCGAAAGCCCCCUUUUUUUGCCGUCCCUUCAAAUUGCUGCUAUUCCCCUCUCUGCCUCUUCUCCUUCUCUCUCUCUUUCCUCUGUGUCUCAUAGGCAUUAGCUUUCUGACUGUUACUGCUCCCAAAAUCAUCGCUAUCAUAAACCUUCCUAUCUCAUCAAGGUAGCUCUCUCUCCCUAUUUCUCUCGAAUUAAUAUUACCCGUUCUAGAUAAUGUUUACGGGCUUUAUAUACAAUUUUAUGUGAUACUAACGGAGCCCAAUACAGAUAGUUAGGCCAUCUAGUUCCAAUCUUAUAUAUAUAUAUCUUUAUAUAUAAACCCCCCCAUCCAUCAUGGCCGAACCUCUCACCAGAGUAGACUCCGCCGUCCAGGGCUUGCACGAACCCGAAUCACCCGUUAAGGAUGAGAAGAACACCCUCACCAGGGUAGACUCUGCUGUGCAGGGGCUGCCCGAGUCUCCUACGAAUAAGACGUUCGACAGGAUAGAUUCAGGCGUGGCGGACGUGUCCCCGACGUCUCCUACAGACAACAAUGCCCUUGAAAGGGUAGACUCAGGCAUACAAGGCCUGGAAAUAUCUCCGAAAGAGGAGGCCCACCACAAGAAGGUGACUCACAGGAGGAAAAGCUCGAGUGCAAAUGUACUAACGAUGCGGGAAAUAUUUGAAUCCUUCACGAAAAUAGAACUGGCCCCAGAAACACAGAGGACGGGAUGGAAGAUAAAUACGUCUCCGACGAAAGUUGAAGACAAGGACAUCCUAAACAAACCACUGAUACAACCGCUCGUGAAGGGCAUCGACCUCCUCUUCCCAACAGGCGCCGUGGUAACGGCAAGAGCCAAGCCGGGCUCAGGCGGCAUCACGAUCAAGGAUGCAUUAGAAGCCAUUAGAAAGAAGAACACGAAGCGGUCCGAUGACGAACUCCCUGAACCAUACUUAGCCGGCUUCGAGUGGACGCCGUCGCACGAGACGUACACGGAUAAAGAGCGCGAGGAGGGCAUGGCGUGGCAUCGGGCACAUGUAAAGGAUAAAGACUACGCGAAGUUCCAUUCGGAGCCGGAGAUCAGGAAGGACUGGAUGCAGCUCAAGGUACACCUGUCGGCCACACCCGGUGUAUCGAGCUUCGGCGGCGGCAAGAAGAAGAAGAAGAACGCUGAAUAA